UCGAGCCAAUAACGAGCCACGGGAGACGACACGGGCCCUAAGUUACCAACGCUUUCAGUUCCUCUAAGAAAUCCUCAAAAGAAAUGCUUGCCGUGGCCUUGAUGAUGGCAGCCUUGGUGCUGGCCAGCCAGCAGGAUAUCUGUGGGGCGCAGCUGUCCAUUCACACGGACAGCAACACCAACUCGUUUAGCCUGAAGGCACCCGGCCUGCAGCAGACCUUCACCAGGUAUUACGGGGCGGCCAGGCAGCAGCCACAGACGCAGGUGCAGGUGCAGGAGGCGGAGCAACCGCAGCAGCAGGCUUUACUCCAGCAGCAGCAGCAGGAGCAACUGAUUCAACAGUACCGACUUUCCAGACUCCGUUCCGCCAGCAAGCCGAAGAUCGAAUCCUCGUUCUUUUCUGCUGCUCAGCAGGAGCAUCAGCAGCAGGAGCAGUUGCAGCAGCAGCAGUUACAGCAGCAGCAGUUACAGCAGCAGCAGUUGCAACAGCAGCACUUGCAGCAGCAGCACUUGCAGCAGCAGCAGUUGCAGCAGAACCUCUUUGCUGGUACUGGAACCGGAGCCGGCUUCUUUGACUACCAGCGCCAGCGCGCCGAGUUUGAGCAGCAGCAGGCGCAGCAACAGCUGCAGCAGCAGCAACAGUUGCAGCAGCAGCAACAGCAGCAGCAGUUCCUGCAGAACUUCUACAACUACAAUUCUGGUUCUCAAAUACCAAAUACCCAAUUCCAGCCCCAGGUCCAGGCUCAGCAGCAGCAGCAGCAGCCGGCCGAGGGUUUCCAGCCUCUGUUCCAGCGCCCACAGUUUGGCAGCAAUGGCCUACAGCCCGGAUCCGCACCACUACGCUCGGUAGGAGCUGGCGAUUUCUAUUCGUCGCAGCAACAGCAGCAGCAACAACCGGAACAGUUCGCCACCAACCAAGUGGCGCCCACCAGCCGUCAGAACCUUGGCUUGCCUGCGCCCAUGUCCUCCAGUGUCCCCACCUUCCAGCCCUCGUCGGAUGUUUCCCAUGUCAGCUUCUCGAGUGGAAAUCUCAAGUACAACUUCUAGUGGAGGUGGCCAGAGUAUAUUAGUUUUUUUUUUUUUUUGAAACUAUAAUUUUAUCUA